CGUCAGGGGGAUUAUUAAAGAGCCAAGAUAAGCAUGUGACGACCAUCACUAUUUUCAGUCCCCUGACUAAAUAUAGUCCUCCAGGGUCACAUUUCAAUUAUGAGCACUACUGACAGACACAAGGGACGAGGCCCAUUGCAAAUCUGUUACAAGGUUUUGACAGUGGAAUACCCUGAGAAAAGUUCAAUGGAAUCCAUCCAGCCUUUCCGCUAGGUAUUUAACAUUUUUCUUCAUGCAACUUGGAAGGUCUAUAAGCUACCCUGUCAAGUUGAGGGAGCGGUGAUUAAGCAGACUCCAGUCCUCUUCUGAGGCUGUUGGGACCGUCACCAUGACCGGGAUAGCAGUGUGUAGCGGGACUGUCAGCUCCAUCAAGUCCCUCUGGGAGACUAGAAUAAAGAAAACCAUACAAGAUUUGCAGAAGCAACAAGACCUGAAGGCUGGUGUAGGUAGAGUGAGACAUAACUGGGAAGAUAGGAUUAUCUUAGCCAAACUGAAAGAGAAGGUGGUGACAGCAGAAGGGCGUGUCAUUUUAAGGAUUGAGAAGGAGGAAUGGAAGACUCUGCCUCAAGUCUUGGUUCACUUCCCUCAACUCAUGGAGUGGCACCUUCACAGGAUUGGACUACAAACAAUCCCAAGAUUUGUUUCUAGCUUCGAGAAUCUAAUUGUUCUUGAUCUGUCCCGAAAUGCCAUCACAGAGAUCCCAAAAGAGAUUGGUAAACUGACCAAGCUAAGGGAGCUCCUGGUGAGCUACAAUAGAGUCCAAAGUGUUCCAGGGGAGUUGGGCUAUUGUCAGAACCUAGAGAAACUGGAGCUGGCAGGCAACAGGGACCUUGACCAGCUGCCUGCAGAGAUUAGCCACCUGAAGAAGCUCUACCACUUGGAUCUCUCCCUGAACCAGUUCACUGAGAUCCCCGAGAGUGUGGUCAGUCUGCCGGCCCUGGAGUGGUUAGAUAUGGGUGGAAAUCGUCUCCAGAGCUUACCUCAUGACAUUCACAGAAUGGAGAAGCUGCAUACAAUGUGGCUGCAGAGGAACGAACUGGAGUUCCUACCUGAUAACAUCUGCUACAUGCCAAGCCUGGACACACUGGUGCUGAGCAACAAUAAGUUGCAAGACAUUCCCUCAAUGAUGGAGGACAUGAACAAUCUCAGGUUUGUGAAUUUCCGAGACAACCCUCUAACAUAUGAAGUAAAACUUUCUGCUGCCCCAACUAAAUCCGAGGACGAUGAAGAUGAUGACAGAGAGAUGUUUGGCCGAGAUUUCAUGCGGCUCUACUGCCAGGAAGCCCGAAAAAGAGUUCAUGCUAUGCUAAAUAGUCAUAGCAUAAAACCACCUGGUUCAAACUACACUUCGGAAUUAAAUGUGACCCUAAAAGCCUUGGAUGAAUCUGCCCCGUCCCAGUGACCAGAGUAGGCGUUCAUG